UUCUAAAGUUUUUCCUCAAGUGCAAUCAGAACUGUUUGAAGAAUGCAGGCAACCCUCGAGAUAUGCGGAGAUUCCAGGUUGUUGUGUCGACAACAGUCAACGUGGACGGCCACGUGCUGGCCGUGUCCGACAACAUGUUUGUGCACAACAACUCCAAACACGGGAGGCGGGCCCGCCGCCUAGACCCGUCAGAAGCCACUCCGUGCAUCAAGGCCAUCAGCCCCAGUGAAGGCUGGACCACGGGGGGCGCCACCGUCAUCAUAAUCGGAGACAACUUCUUUGACGGUCUACAAGUUGUGUUCGGAACUAUGUUGGUGUGGAGCGAGCUGAUAACCCCCCAUGCCAUCCGAGUCCAGACCCCUCCACGGCACAUUCCUGGAGUUGUUGAAGUCACCCUGUCCUACAAAUCCAAGCAGUUCUGCAAAGGUGCUCCUGGGCGCUUCGUCUACACCGCCCUUAAUGAACCAACCAUAGAUUACGGCUUUCAGAGGUUGCAGAAAGUGAUCCCAAGACAUCCGGGUGAUCCUGAAAGGUUACCCAAGGAAGUAUUGCUCAAGAGGGCUGCGGAUCUUGUGGAAGCCUUAUACGGGAUGCCUCACAACAACCAGGAGAUCAUCCUGAAGCGAGCGGCUGACAUCGCCGAGGCAUUGUACAGCGUCCCCCGCAAUCACAACCAGAUCCCCACCCUGGGCAACACCCCUGCACACACCGGCAUGAUGGGCGUGAACUCCUUCAGCAGCCAGCUCGCCGUCAAUGUGUCGGAGACAUCACAAGCCAACGACCAAGUCGGCUACAGUCGCAAUACAAGCAGCGUGUCCCCGCGAGGAUACGUCCCCAGCAGUACUCCCCAGCAGUCCAAUUACAACACAGUCAGCACUAGCAUGAAUGGAUAUGGAAGUGGCGCCAUGGCCAAUCUAGGGGUCCCUGGUUCGCCUGGAUUUCUUAAUGGCUCCUCCGCUAACUCUCCCUACGGCAUGAAACAGAAGAGCGCCUUCGCGCCCGUGGUCCGGCCCCAAGCCUCCCCUCCUCCGUCCUGCACCAGCGCCAACGGGAACGGGCUGCAAGCUAUGUCUGGGCUGGUAGUCCCGCCAAUGUGAGGGACUUUGUUUACCUUCAGCCGCACCCAGCAUCAAAGGACGGACUUCAGGGGACACGUUUAGUAUAUAACACAUGCUGAUGGAAACAGUAUCUUCAGAAAAGUCAGCAGCAGUUGCAAUGCUACAAAAGACUUUGUUUAAAGAUUUUAUUUAAACUAUUAAGAAUCAACACUCAAACAACCUACUUCUUCAUGAACAAUUCCAUUUUAUUGACUGAACUUUUCUCAUAUUUUCACAUUUCUCAGUCCUGAAGACUAAGGAAAAACAAAGCGAUGCCUAUUUUGUAUAAAGUUUCUGACUCCGUCUUGGCUCUGUCUAGUACUUGCUUUGUGUUGGGAGAAACUCUGUGAAUGCACCAUUUUGAUGAUCAUGAAACACUGAUGAAAAAUGCCUCCAGACAUUCUCUGUACUCAUACUUAGAUCCACAACGGUUGUGUAUCUCUAUAAUGUGAAAUAUUUUUUUGUGGUGAAAAAAGGGGGC